AUGAUCUUCUCAACCAUCAUCACCCUCCUCCCCAUAGUUUCCCUUGCUGCACCCGCUGCUCUCCAGGUCCGUCCCAGCGAGUUGUGCGCCCCUACAUCCUACACCUUGUCCAAGUUCGUUCUCUCGACCUCCUCCGCCACGUCUUCUGUCGCCUUCUCCUUCCAGUCCGUCUUCGCUUCUGGCCCCAACAUCACGGAUGCUGUUCUUUCUGGAGCCACCUGCUCCGCCACUGGCAAUCCCCUGCCUAAUAACAACGAGUGCAGCGUCGAGGAACGCAAGUUACUAUUCGACCUCGCGGGUCCUCCGGCAUCAGCAAAGUACCGCAUCACGCAUACAUGGACCUGCGAUGGUGCUACCUGGAUGUCGGGCAACGAUGUCGCCAUGAAAGACUUGGAUUGCAGCACCGCCAGCGGCGUUACCACGUGCACAGGCGGCCCUCAGACUGUUGAGCCACAGAAUUUGCGGAAGAUCUGCGGUACGCCUACCUGCCCUCCGUGA